AUGCAGGGCACACCCCUGCGCGCCUGCACACAAUGCAUCCGACGCCAAUACCUCCGUCCAACAGGCGCAACCCCGACCCCUCAACGCCUGCUAAGCACAACCCGCGCCCUCCGCUCUACACCUAAGAACCCUCUCCGCAACUCUACCAGCUCGCGCGCCCGCGAAGCAGAGAUCGCGCGCUCCAAAAACACAAUGACGCUUUCUGCGGCGGGGAUAGUAGCCUGCGCGGCGGCGAUGUACGGGGUCAUCAAGCUGGACGUAUUCGGACUUGACCAGGUCUCUCCUAAAGAAGAAGAACACAAAGUCGAAGUCCAGAAAGAGGGAGCAAUGAAACUAGACGGACCAGCUGGAUUCGGGGGAAAUGCAUCGGUGAUACGGGUACAGGGACAAGAUGGUGCGGAGGAGGUGUCCACGGGGACGAGCACGAUUCCUACAUUUCCGAGCGUGAUCCGGUUACCGAAGGCGAUUGAUGCGGGGUCUUUGAAGGCCGGGGAUGAAGUACCCGAGUCUGUCGAGGAAGAGGAGUAUCAGUUACUUGGGUUGGGGAUUCGGACUGUGUCGUUCCUCAAGAUCCAGGUGUAUGUUGUGGGGAUGUAUGUGGCCAAGAGCGAUAUUUCGGAGCUGCAGCAGCGGCUUGUGCGGACGGCGGUGAAUCCGCCUGGGGCGAAGGAGGGGGUUGUUGAUACGCCUGGGGCGACGUCUGCGACAUCGUUGGUUUCGACGGAGAGACAGGGAUUGAAGGAGUUGCUUCUGGAUGCGGAGCGGGGGGAUGAGGUUUGGGAUGCGGUUAUCCGGGGUGAUGGGCUGAAGACUGCGUUCCGAAUUGUACCUACGCGGAAUACGGAUUUCUUACAUUUGCGCGAUGGCUGGGUGAGGGGGAUUACGGGGCGGGCGCAGAAGGCUAAUGCGAAGGCUUUGGAGGGUGCGCAGAGCGAGUUCCAGGAUGAGUCAUUUGGGACUGCAUUGAAUGACUUUAAGAGUUUGUUUGGUGGUGGACAGAGGAAGAAUGUGCCCAAGGGGCAGACGUUGUUGCUUGUGCGUGGUGGCCGUGGGGAACUGGAUGCGCUUUUCCAUCCGGAUCCUGCUAAGCCCGUGCGGUUCUUGGGGCGUGUGUCUGAUGAGCGAAUUAGCCGCUUGGUUUGGUUGAAUUAUCUUGCUGGUAAGAAUGUUUCGAGCGAGGGUGCUAGGCAAAGUGUUGUGGAUGGAGUGAUGGGUAUUGUUGAACGGCCGGUUGGGACUGUCGUGCAGAAGAUUGUGUAA